GAACAACUGGCUGGUUUUCAUUUUGUGGUUUCUGCUGUGUAGAGGAAGUUACUUUUAUGAGAACAGGGCCUGAUUUCAGAAAGACUCGGUAAAAGAAUCUCUCUCGAGUCUGUUUCUGGGGUUGAAUCAUUUUGAGAGGCCAUGAGAAAGAACCCCGGAGGGUGGGGAUCGAGCCAACAUCCUCUUGGCCGAUGAGAGACUGACACCUGUUCUAGAUGACCACUAUCAUCCUCAUUUGUGCACUCUAAUGUUUAAAGAUUCCAUCAUGGGCGUUGAUAUUCAAACCUACCGAGCUCGAAUAGGAACGAACAAGUUUGCAUUUGGCUCCGAUGUUGUAACUUCAAGUAUAUCAGUCAACUUUAGCCUUUUCUUGAAAAGCACGACGAUUUCUCUAUUCGUGAUUGUUAUGUGCCUUGUGGUGAGGUCAGGAGCCUACGAGUUCAGUCUUAUAGAUGCCGUUGAUGUAGCUAACCAGAAGAAGGCAGAACAGACUUUGGAGUUGCAAUUGCCAGGUAUCGAUGCAGUCCGAUAUAUACCUGCCAUUUUGGGUCCUUUGUGGAACUGUUUGGUUUUAAAACAGAGAGUUUCAGGGUUGACGGGAGCCCUUAUAUUUAUUGGUUUACUAUUACUGAGAGCGGGAAUAGAACCAAACCCAGGCCCUAAACCAGGCAGAGAGAUGGGUAUAGAUAUACAGACAUACCGAGCUCGGAUAGGAACAAACAAAGCUGCGUUUGGUGUGGACGUGAUGACUAGCGUCGUCAAGUUAAACUUUCGCCAAAUGUGUCGUCUGACUGCGCUGCUAGUUUAUCUGCUUGUGAUGAUCAUUGUGGCAUUCGUAAACAUCCAGGAACAUGCAAAUGUCAAUAGUGUCAUUACAGAAGAAACCGGAAAUGAUGAAAUUGCUAACUCGGGCACGAACGGGAAUACUGUGUCUCAUUUGCAGAUGAUAGGCGCGGUUUUUGCAACCAUUCUUGCUCUUCGCUUUGUAACAAUGAAAGGCGCUGUCAGAUUCAUAGGUUUGCUGCUUCUUAUGUCCGGAAUCGAAUCUAACCCAGGCCCUUUUCUACCUGCUCCUGAAGAGGCUGCUCCUGAAGAGGAGCCAUGGCCGAGUAUAGGACUAACUGAUGAAAACAUUAAAAAUAUUUCCAAAGCGAUCGAUGUGCAUUGGAAGGAACUAGCGUUAGCGUUGUGUGUAGAAUAUGACGCAACUACUGAUAUAAAGAGAUCAACAACAACAGAAGGGAAUCAUAGUACCAUGGUACUUAUCCAAUGGAAUCAGAUGUCUGAAGGCAAUAGGGUUUUACCAACUCUGAUCGAAAAAUUGCGUUAUUUAGAUAACGGUUCGAACAUCGAUUGGAAUAUGCUUAGAGAAAAAGUGAACGAAAUGAUGUUAUCGGGAUCAGGAACUAACCAUUCAAGCCUUUUUAAAGUAUUAAGUUUGAAUGCUCAAGUCAGUGUGCAAGUGUGCUUUGAAGACAUAUAUAGCAUCAAAGUGGACGUUAUAUAUGUAGAUGUCCAUACAAAAGGGCAUCCUUCUGACCCACGCGUUAGGACAAUUUAUAGCCCACAGUGGGCCGACGUUAAGUGCAGAACAAAGAAAAACAUUGAAGAUUUUAGUCUGCAGCUUCGAAAGAGCAUAUCUACCGAGGUGAUGCACUGUAGCAAAAAGUCGGUGGCAUUUAGUCCUUUCUCAUAUGGAAACUGUCCACCGUUCCUCGCAAUGGUUGAAUUUACAGCUUCAUUGUUAGAGCUUAAGCGUGUUGGGACAGGAAUUCUUAAAUGCAUAUUCGUUGUGUCCCAGGACGACGCACUUGCACUUGACUUACAGCUAUGUUUAGAAUCAAUGCUUAAUAACGGAUCGCCACCUGGGUGGUUCGACUAUGAGUCCUUUGCAAACAAUAAAAAACAACAGAAUGAGCAACAAUCUGUAAAAUCUACUGGGAGGAGCAAACCUGAGAAAAAAACAAAAGCUGGUCGCCAUAUAUUUGAACGUUUGCAUUUAACCGAACGGCUGGACCACAAAAUUUCCAUUGAGGAAGCAAUUACAAUUUAUAACUCGAAAAGUGAGUCUGCAUCUCUAAAAGAAUCCCCCUGGAUUCUUUUACAAAAGCUUAUGUUUGUAAAUUGGAAUGAAGGGGAAGGAAUUCCAAACUCACUUCGUGUUACAACCGAGAGAAACACGUUUUGGGACGACGGAGAUGACCCUGUGGAUGAUGAAAAUACAGACAUUAGUGUAAUAGAUAUUUUCAUGGCAGUUUUUCACUGUACAGACAUAAUGCUUAGACCUCUUUUAUUUCAAAAGAUGCAUCUAUGUAAAAUAGCUUUACCAUUUGUUUAUAAACAUUACUUAAAUGGGUCACUUCAAAUCGCGCGUUGGCCAUUGCAAUUACUUCAAGAGCACAGCGAUGACACGCAGGUAUUAAAUACAAAUGCGCUUAAUAUGAAAACUAAUGUCAUCACAUUCAUACGACUAGGCCGACCUACAUUUUCCAAGUCACUGCUUUUAAACAGAAUUUUUCAUAAAAGAAGCAACGCGUUUCAUACUUUCUUUAACAAAGACUGUAGGGGUGGCCGUUUAAAGCGCUAUCUUCACGAAGAAACUGUUGAAAUUAGCUGGUUAUCGCCUAAAGGCCCGGAUAGCGUUGCAAGAACGUUUUUGAAUGUGCGUGGGGAUUUCGAAACAAUAUAUUCGAAAUCACAAGGAAAAUACCGUCUUAACGAUUUGAUACUAAAACUUACGGAUGUUUGUGUUGUUAUUGUAGACAUUGGACAUCUUCAUUCAAAAUCUAAAACGCUUUUACAAAUACUAGAUUCGUUUCCAUGUCAUUUAUUAUUGUUGUCCGAACAUACCGAAUUUCAUAAAAGGAAAGAGUUAAAAGAUAUUUUAGCAAGCUCUUAUAAUGCAGACGAAAAAUCAAAAGAGGUUAAUUCGACUCACGAAAGACACUCGGAAAAAGAUGUGCCUCAAUUAAUUCAAGAAAUUGACACGGUUAUUUCACGGGUAUUGAAAGAUUUUGGACAUUCGAAAUCAGUUGAAGAACGACUCAACAGGUUUUGUAACAAAUGGAACAACUCUGAGUUUGAGGAGCAUGGCAUACAACUUGAACACGGGAAAAGGAUGGCGCAAGAUAUUUUCAAUUCGAUGAUGAAUGACCUACAAUGGAUCAGAGGACAAUCAUAUAGAGCAAAUAGUAAGGAUCUUUUCAGAAACUGCUUAACUGAGUUAACACCUGUUUCGUAUGUACAUUCAAAAUCAUUGUAUGAUAUCUAUAAAGAUCUUCGAGCUCCACAUGAAAGCGAAGAUGAAUCAGAACGUAUACAUAAUACUAUGAUAAGAACUCGGCAAUUACAACUGUAUUCAAUCACAAAGACAACGAUAGUGUUCGCCAAGUAUCUUGUUUACACAAACAACCAGCCCUUAGUACAGAACAUUUUUAUUCAAUGUUUGAAAGUACUUAUAGAUAACGAAACGUCGGAAUUGUUAUCUAGCAUAAUAAGAGAAAAGAAUAAGGUUUAUGAGAGAAUUUUACUUUCCAAAAACGGAUCAGAAACCAUUGAAAAGAGGCAGUUGAAUGAACGAUUUGUUGCUCUGGAUUGCGAGAUAAGCGCUUCGAGCCUUACAGUUGAUCACCUGUUAAGAGAAGUCAGUCAUGUAUAUGAUUCAAUCAUAUAUCUGAACAAAAGUUGUAAACAAUUUUACAUUCCACAAACAAAACAUAUAGUCCGGUCUUUUACUAACUUGAUGGUACGUACAUGGGCAACUGAUAUAGUAACAGAACACUUUUUUAUGCCUAAAUGCUGGACAGGUAAAUUAUUUAAAGCUUUGGAUAAAAAAAUUACCAAAAAAGACUCAAUAACAAUAGUGUCAGUUUUAGGUCUUCAAAGUACUGGAAAAUCAACCCUAUUGAACACCAUGUUUGGACAGCAAUUCAGAGUUCGCGGUGGUAGAUGCACAAAAGGGGUGCAAGCAAGACUUGUUCCUAUCUCAGAUGGUUUCGGUGAACGUCCGUCUAAGUAUAUAAUGGUCUUUGAUUCUGAAGGGCUUCGUGCUCCUGAAUUACAAUGUGCAAUCAAGAAGUACGAUCGUGAUAAUGAGUUAGCAACAUUUGUUUCGGGGUUAGGCAACGUUUCUAUCAUGACAGUGAACGGAGAAAACUCAGCAGAAUUAACAGAUAUCAUACAAAUUGUAGUCCAUUCAUCUCUUAGACUGAAGACAGCGAAUUCGAGAAUUGUCUUAGGUCAUAAAUGUUUGUUUGUACAUAACAACGUUGAAGAACAGUCUGAAGAACAAAUGCAGAAAGGGUAUGUAGAAUUUAGAAAAAUAAUGGAUACCGUUGCAACUGAAGCAGCUCAAUCGGAAGGUUUGGGACAUAUUUCAUCUUUUAAUGACAUAAUGCAAUUUGAAGAACGUAGACCUUUCAAAGCUUUACCGAACAUAUGGCACGGAGAAUCAGAAAUCCGUAUAUUUAAUUCCAAGUACAGCAAACGUGUGGCUGAAAUCAAAUCCAAUAUAACCCUUUCUCUAGGUCAGGACAAGUACAAAUCCUUCGGAGAUAUAUCCGAGUUUGCAAGUGUCAUUUGGGAUGGUGUUAUAUCAGAAAGCUUUGUAUUUUCGUUCAGAAACAAUCUCGAAAUCAAGUUAUAUUGUUGCAUAGAGAAAGAAAUACAUGAAAUGUUAUGGAAAUCGCAACUCAGAUUGCAAGACGAGUUUAACAAAACAAAAAGAAAAGGCGAGGUCGAGACUGAUACAAAAAUGCAGAGAACAAAAGCAGAAUUAAAGCAAUCGUUAGCGUUAUACAUAAAUUCACUUUGCUCCGAAGCUAAAGAGUUUACUAUAAAAGUAUUGAAAAACUGUCCGUAUCCCAAUAUUGCUAUACAGUGGGAAUCAAGAUAUAUAAAAUAUGUUGAUUUUUUUUAUGAAGAACUGAGAAGGUUUAUCAAUCAGGAUGUCGACAGAUAUUUUUAUCAUAUAAAGUUAGAGGCAGAAACAGCUUCUGUUGGUAAGAAACAUCGCGAUGUUUUGAAAGAUGCAUCUAUUAGAAUAGCCCAGACUAUGCAAGGAAAGAAACAAGAUGAAUAUGAUCAUGAAUUUGAUAAACUUUGGAAUACCUACGAAAAUGAUUUUUGUCAAGAAAGAGAAAAAACUCUCCCAGUGUUAAAUGUGCGUAAGCAUUUUCGAUCCAUAAUGAUCAACAAUUAUAGCUCUGGUGCGUUGCUAGCAGACGCGUUAAGUGGUUUUGAAAGAAAGAUUGCUAUGCAUAGCUCAACAAGUUUUGUUGUGCCUGCUGAUGGCAACAUAUCAAAGGACAAUUACAGUAUAGACCGUAUUCAUUCGCCUUUUCUAAUACUUCAAAAUGUUCAAAAGUCGAUUAUCAAGCCUGAAUUGCAAGAAUAUUCGGGAAAUGUUGUACUGCUAUUACGCAAAUCGUAUCAAACCAAAGGACUAAUAAAUGAGACCGACAUAAAAUGGGUUUUUGAAGAAAUUGUUUCAAAAUCUAAUGAUGUCGAUAAAAGAUUGAGAAAUAAGGGAGUCACGUUAAAAGCGUCAUUCGUAACAGAAAUUGUUGUGCAGACUUUACAAUAUGCAAGUUACAUGAUAGAUUGCCAUAAUGAUACAUACGAAAACGAAUACGGGUUUUCUGCAUCGCUUAAACGUUUUCGAAAUGAAAUGUACGAUUUGUUCGUGAGCGAAAUUACACAAAGAAGAUUAGAGGAAAGAGCUGCCAUACAAUUCUGUCGCGGCAUCGAAAAUGCAGUUACGGACAUAAUCAAAGAAAAUCUAACUAUCCGGGCUAAACAAUUACUUUUACAAGAGUUACCAAAUAUCAAGUUCAAUUUAAUCAAAACAGUGUCUUGUUCUCUUUUGAAAGCCAACUGUUUUCAAGAUUUUAUCAAGUACAUAAAAGACCCUCGAGAUUUCUGUUGUUCCUGGUUUAUACAUGAGUGUAAUGAAGUUCUGCAUUCAAAACGUAAAUACAUGCAGCUUUUAGAACAGGAAAUAACAAAACAUCAGAGAGAGAUUCAGGAAGCCAUAUUCCAAACUGAUGUAGACUCGUCAGUCAACGUGUCAACUUGGUUUCGCCGAUUUGCUGAACAUCUGACAUUAUCUACGUUCAGCGAAUAUCAUUUUAGAACAUUUUUGGAAAUCGAUAAAUUGGAAGACUUCAAAUGCUUUUUUUCUUUCCUAAUGGAUAAAACGCGUGGAGGUCUACUUUCUGAAACUUUUGAGCGUAUUGAAAAUAGUUUAAGGAACGUUGAUGCCAGACAAAAUACAUUCACUGUUUUGUAUGAAAGUAUAUUCGACAUAUGUUGGGGUUGUUCAGAGGUGUGUCCUUUUUGCCAAGAGCCAUGUAUGAAAUCAAAGGACCAUAAAGAAAAACACCAGUGCUUACAACAUCGCCCGACAGGUGGAAAGGGUACAAGAUGGGUUACAUCCAAAGAAAUGGUUCUGAGUACAUGCAAUUUCCUUGUUAAUUCCAUGGAAAGGCGAUAUCUUUGUUCUGUUAUUGGAAAUAAAUGUUGCUGUGAAAAACCAUUAACAGAAAACGAUGAAGGCCAUCUAUAUAGAGAAUACAGAGAAUUUUUUAAUGAUUGGGAGAUUAUGCCAUCAUCAGACCCUCAUGGUUGUUGUAAACACUGGUUAUGGUUUGUUGGAAAAUACGCUGAGGACUUGGAAAGACAUUACGAAUACAAAAUAUCAGAAAUACCAGAUUCUUGGGGCCAAAUAUCAGAUGAGGACGCGCAAAAAAGUCUGGAUACAUACUUUACUGUCAUUUAAAAAUACUUUUACCAGUUCAAACAAAGGUAUCAUUACCGCAAAUGAUGAAGUUUUUACUUGUAAACUGUUAUUGAAAUAAAACACGCCGUGCCGAUUCCAUGUAAUCCAUUAUUCUACAAAAGAAUUUUAAACCCACUAUCAAUGAAUCAAUAAAUAAAAUAUAUUAACUAUUUUUUUAUCAAGUUGUUGAAACUUUCUUUUUGUAUCCAUGAAUUUCUUUUCUUAUUUGUUUAUAUACUGUUCUCAUUUCAUUGAAGGAUCUUAAAAAAAUCGUAAUACAGACUAAAUUUCAAUUCACACAUAUAUAUAUAUAAAAUAACACAAUUAUGACACUAAGCCUAAGUUUUUUUACCUUAUGUCAAAAAUCGUUAAAGUGACACUCCUAUUCAAAAUCAAUAUAAAAAUAUAUAUAGUUUUUUUUUUGAGUGAUAAACCUUUAACUACUUACUAAAUAAUGCAUUUUAUGGAAAAAAUAAUAAUAUUGAUAAUAUUAAUACUGAUAACCAGAUUGUAACCGUGUACUUUAUAUCUGAAAACGCAAACGCCGAAUAAGAAAAAGAUUGGUGAGUGCUAAAAGAUUUACUGUGAUCUACCAUCAUUUCAACGCUAGAAUUAUCGUGUAUUCUGCACAUAUCUUUUAAAUUAAACUCGGUUGUAUUCAUAAGAACCAUUGUUUGCGACAUUUAUUCAUCCUUUUCAGUAGAAUAAAACAAUUGUAAUAAUUGCGGUUAACUUUAUUUGUGAGUAAGAGUGCAUUUUUAAUGAAAAAAGACCCAGACGAAUAUAGUUUAGUGGCGUCCGUUUCCGGAGAGCGGGUUCAGAUUUAGUUUGCUUUGUUUUAUUCUGAUUGUUUGUUAAAUAUACGAUCACAUUUUUUCAUUCAAUAAACGUGUUAAAGGGUUA